AUGGAUGAUCAACCCCCCUUACCUCAGUUUCCCAUCCAUCUCCAAGAUGUACGGAGAGACUCAACACCUUCACCAGAGGACAUUGGGCGGGCGGUGACCACGACUUCGCCCAUUGACGGCAAGACACCCUCCCAACCGACGAUACAGUCACAAUCACAAUCACAAUCAGCAGGAGCCGCAACAUAUACCCCUUCGAACUAUCAGCCAUCGACAUUUUCACCACCGCCUUCGUCAUCUCUGGGAACCGGAUCUGCUACGACGUUGGUGCAGAGCCAGAAUCAAAGUCAUCGAGGCUCAUCCAACGGAAAAUCCCCAAUGAAGGACCCCUCCCCAAUCGUACCGAUCCGCUCCAUGUUCCCCACGUACGACCCCUCCGUCCCACUCAAGCAGCAGAACUAUGUCCCUCCCAGGCCAAUCCCAGCUUACUUGACUGGCAACCUCUCUUUCGGCCCUGGUGUAGCGAGAGAGGAGUAUCGAAGUAGCCUAUCUACACCAUUCGCUGCUGCUCCCGGUCUAAGGAGUGGCCCACCAAGUAUGCUCAACUUUCCGACCGAUGGUACGAGCGUCAAUGGGACGCCGAUGAUCUCGACUCAUCGGGAGCUGGAGAAACUGUGGCAGGCCUCGCACGGGACGGAGCCCGACCACAGGAUCAGGGCUUUUGAUCUUGAAAUGGCUCGAAUUGAUGAAGCAACCUUCGUCUUUGGCGCCCAUCCCUCUCUCCCAUUUUACACUCUACAGACAUACGAUACCAACGAGAUAGCCGUGUCCAAGACGUGUCCUCGCAAAACAACUUCGAGCCGUGAUAUUGUGCUCUGCCCCAUCGAGCCCGCAGCGCGCCGACUGCCACCCAACGACGGACUUGUCGCAUUCAUCUUCCCCAAAUUGGCCGCCAUGCUCGCCAUUAAUCAAUCCGCCGCUUUGGCCAAGGAGCAUAAUUUAGCACCAACUGACAGAGACGACAUCGAAGCCCAAGCCGUCCGUCGAGCCGCAAGACAGGAAGCCUGCAAUCUACGAUUUAACUCCCGGACUGGGUUUUAUGAGCUUGAACAUCCAGCUAUCGGCCGUGGUUCGAUAGCAGGAGACUUUGCAGUGAAGUCUCCCAUUCCGAGCUCCCCUAUGACGAUUCGCUCCAUGACAGGAAAACCUGUCCUGCAUAUCGCCAUCAGCACGGAUGGCCCGCUACCCUGCAUCUCAGUCACAGAUCCAAAUGCGUCGAGUCGUACUGGCGGCAUCAUGUCUCCACCAACAUCAGCUGGCGCGGGACUUCGCCGACUUUCCACAAUUCCUCAGACUGAUAAUUCUCCUGAGCAUACCCCACUUGCCUCGCUCGAUCUUACGACCGAGAUCCUCCAUCUUGACGCCAAUGCAAUCUUAGAGUUGAUGCCCUCACUCUUCAGUAUCGAUUGUAUCGUUUCUGCAAUACUGGCUGUGGCUAUCGGCGAUUCAACCACCAAUCAGACACUUGGUGCGAUGGAGGUCUGGAAGCCACGGCCCGCACCACCCAGCAGGUUGGGCAAUUCAGGACCUUCAUCAGUUCAUCAUGGUGUCGGUCCGCGCAGUGGAGCAACACGGCCGGGAAGUGUGAGAAGUUAUUCCGGAAGCGUGUUCUACGCCACGAUCGCCGAGCGCCAAGACGCCGAAGAAGAAGCCAAACUGAUGCGUCAGAACCACGAACGCGAUGUCAGAGGUGGUGGACAACUUGGCUCGUCCCAGGACGGUAAAGGCAAGGGCCGCACGUGGUUCGGCCGCUUCAGACAACCGCUUGAUUCCCCUGAUGGGGACCUUGAGGAAGCUCGCAGCCCAGAGGACUUCGAAAAGACCACCAUGACUGCAGACACAACAACAAGCAGUAAGAAAAGUAAGAAAGCGUCAAAGAAGAAAGCCAAGGCAACGAAAAAAGUCGUGGUCAGCGAGUUCGAUCUCGAGAAAUUGGGUCAUUAUCAGUCUGGUGACCGCAAGGGUCAGGAGUUGCCAGCCGUGACGAGAUCGGCAUUGGGUGGUCUCGUCAUGGCUCUGAGGCUUUUCGUCUGGUUGCUCACGAAGUUUGUUCAUUUUAUUGCGUGGUUGUUAGUGACCGUCUCGAGGGCAGUUACGAGUGAGAAGUUCUGA